CGGGUGGGGAGAAAGAAGGCGGAGCUUGAAGGAGGCGGAAGUAUCGGCUGGAACGGAAGUAGAACGGCAGUGAAUCCGCAGGACAGGGGACAGUGAGGAAGGCGAGCUCGCCCGGAUUUCAUUUGAAGUGUCAUCAUCCGAUCGUGAUAUUCCAGAAUCUACCAUGGACAAGGCUGAACUAGUACAGAAGGCCAAACUCGCAGAACAGGCUGAGCGCUAUGAUGACAUGGCUGCUGCAAUGAAGGCAGUGACUGAGCAGGGAAGCGAACUGAGUAAUGAAGAAAGGAACCUGCUGUCUGUUGCCUACAAAAAUGUGGUCGGGGCUCGCCGUUCCUCCUGGCGUGUGAUCUCCAGCAUCGAGCAAAAAACUGAGGGUAAUGAGAAGAAGCAACAGAUGGCGAAAGAAUACCGUGAGAAGAUCGAGGCAGAGCUGCAGGAUAUUUGCAAGGAUGUUCUGGACCUUCUUGAUAAAUAUCUGAUUGCAUCAGCCACACCAGCAGAAAGUAAGGUUUUCUACUUGAAAAUGAAAGGAGAUUAUUAUCGGUACCUUUCUGAAGUAGCCUCUGGUGACAAAAAGCCAGAAACCGUAGCCAGCUCUCAGCAAUCGUACCAAGAGGCAUUUGAAAUCAGCAAGACUGAGAUGCAACCAACGCACCCCAUUCGACUUGGAUUGGCUCUUAACUUCUCUGUGUUUUAUUACGAAAUUCUCAAUUCCCCUGAGAAAGCAUGCAGUCUAGCAAAAGCCGCUUUUGAUGAGGCAAUAGCUGAGCUGGACACCCUGAAUGAGGAGUCUUACAAAGACAGCACUCUUAUAAUGCAGCUACUAAGGGACAAUCUUACACUAUGGACCUCAGAAAACCAGGGCGAGGAAGCUGAUAACGUAGAGGGAGAUAACUAAUCACUGCCACGCUUCAAGUCUUUAUUAUUAUUUUUUUUUUAUUUUUUAUGUUGUUCAGUCACUCUGUAUUGUACACACAUAAUCCCUUUUUGUGCGACAAGUAAAAAGAAUAGUACAUCAACUUUCACAACCUCAGUGUAGCAGAACAAUGUGGAUUAAGGGAAAUUGGCUGUUGGUUUUUACUCGAUCAAGAGUAAUGCUUUCUGCAUUCUAAGUCCUACAUUAAAAAAACAAAAGGUGUAAUUGCAUUUUUUUUUUAACUGAACACUGUGAUUACUGGAUUUUGUUACUAAACUUAAUUCUAAAUAAUUUUCCAAGACUAAAACUAUAUUAAAAGCAUUAAGCCGAAGUACAAUUCUGUUUAGGAUUUAAAGAGCGUUAGUCGCUGUAAAAACUGGUAUCAGUUGGGUUUGUACCACGACAUCGGGAACGUUCAUGUAACAAUGUUAUGAUUGACUGCUUUGUAUUGAAACCUAGUUUAUAAACACAAAUCCAAUCAAUCAAGUCUUGUGUUUGAGUAUUAAGGGGUGAUUAAGUUGAUGCAUUGCUUACCCUUACCAUUUGAACUGUAAAAAUAUACAUUUUGUUGUACUCAUAAGGAGCUCUGACAGAAUACAGAUAUCGUACAGUGACGUAACAUCACUUAUUAAUCUUGCCAGCGUGUAGGGAUCAUUUGAAUGCUUCAAGAGAAUGCAGCCCCGAGGAGGAAAGAUGCUUCUGGCACUAGAAACGGUUAAAACAUAAGACAAAUGUGUGUGGUCUUCCCAUUUAUUACUCAAAUGUCUUGGAAAUUUGGAUAUUUUUUUUUGUUUGGCCACAGCAUUUUAACUGUUUACAUUUUUUAAUUAAACUAUCGCACAUUGUUCUGCUUGCCCUUCCUGAUCCGUUAUACAAAUAUUCUGUUGAAACCUGAUUCUCUUUGAACAGUCCGCUUUGGUUUCGAUUUCCAAUAAGACUUCCCGACACUGCAUUUUUUUUUUCUUGUUGCCCCCUAUAAAUCCAUGAUAAUUAUUGGUGAUGUUAGAAGAUAAGUUAUUCAGCAACGUGUUCUAGAUAGUCUUUGGCAGUACCUAAAUAACAAUUGGUAAAUUGUAUUUAAAAGUGCUGUACUGUAUUCAGUUUGUAAUCACUGUCUCACGAUAUCAUUCCCUUUUUUAUCAUUCCACUUUGCUGUAACUUUUCUAGGUGUCUGUCCAUCUGUUUGCUUCAAAGCAAGAUUCAUGCACUGAUUUUCAAAUUUCCUACGCCGAACAAAACCGUGCAGUUACGACUUGCGCUUGAUAAAUGCAGUAGUGAAUGUGGAACUGAGCCUGUCUGUAUAUCUGGUAGCUCUAUUUUGCUUUGUUUUUAACUGACCAGUAUUCUGCCUAAAAGUUUGCUUCUGUGUUGGUUUUAUUACCUAGCACACACGUGGUUGUGAAAAUAGUCUAGCAAAAAAAAAAUAUAUAUAUAUAUAUACAAAAUACAAAAAAAAAAAACCUGGUUAUUGAUGUACUCAAAUUUGUGUAUGUAUUUUCAACAGUUCUAGUUUCACCCUACACAGAAUAAUCAGGAACAUGUUAAGAAUUCAAGAGCAAAAUAAAUAAACAAUGUUAUCAGUUCAA